CAUUGGAUAUAUUAUAAUAAUUUGCAUUCAGUCUGCGAAAAGCAACGGCAUAAUUCAAGAUGAAAUCACACGUUUUGAUGUUUGUUGUUGUCAUGGCAACGGUGGUAGUGGUUACCCCAUCACCGGUAGAUGAAAAUAAGCCGUUUGAUUGCCCACCAAAUGAAGAGUACCACAAAUGUUCUGAUGCUGUUUGCCAACAGACUUGCGCAAAUUUAUUCGAAAGACGUCUUUGUAUUCCAAUUGACGAUUGCUAUAAACCUACUUGUUUAUGUUUACCCGGUUAUUUAAGAGGUUACAACGGAAAUUGUAUCCCCAAAGAAGACUGCAUGAAACUAGUGUUGCCCGUCUCUCAUUGAUUUUUUGAACUUUGUUAAACUCUGAUAAAAGACGAACAGUAAUUCAUCAAUUACUAUAAGAAUAAUAAAAUAACGAAAUAAAA